AUGCGCUUCAACACCGCCGUCACGGCUCUGGUCUCAUCGGCUACCCUUCUGGGCUAUGCCCAUGCCGAGGAAGCGGAAGCUGUUCCUAAUGCCGCUGCUGCCGUUGAGAAGCCCACCUUCACGCCGACUUCUCUCAAGGCUCCCUUCCUGGAGCAGUUCACCGACGAUUGGGAGUCGCGGUGGCAACUCUCGCACGCGAAGAAGGACGACCCCAAGUCUGAUGAGGACUGGGCCUACGUCGGCGAAUGGGCGGUUGAGGAGCCCUCUGUCUUCAAGGGCAUUGAGGGCGACAAGGGUCUGGUCGUAAAGAACGCGGCUGCCCAUCACGCCAUCUCGGCCAAGUUCCCCAAGAAGAUUGACAACAAGGGCAAGACUCUGGUGGUCCAGUAUGAGGUCAAGCCCCAGAACUCCCUGGUCUGCGGCGGUGCCUACCUUAAGCUCCUCCAGGAGAACAAGAAGCUCCACCAGGAGGAGUUCUCCAACGGCACUCCCUAUGUGAUCAUGUUCGGUCCCGACAAGUGCGGUGCCACCAACAAGGUCCACUUCAUCUUCCGUCACAAGAACCCCAAGACCGGCGAGUAUGAGGAGAAGCACCUCAAGACUCCCCCCGUUGCCCGCACCUCCAAGCUCACCUCCCUUUACACCCUGGUCGUCAAGCCCGAUCAAACGUUUGAGAUCCUCGUCAACGGCGAGUCCGUCAAGGAGGGAAGCCUCCUGGAGGAAUUCAACCCUCCCGUCAACCCUGAGAAGGAGAUUGACGACCCCAAGGACAAGAAGCCCGCUGACUGGGUGGACGAGGUGAAGAUCGCCGAUCCCGAGGCCACCAAGCCAGAGGACUGGGAUGAGGAGGCUCCCUUUGAGAUUGUGGAUGAGGAGGCGGAGAAGCCCGCUGACUGGCUGGAGGACGAGCCCACUAGCGUCCCUGACCCUGAGGCCGAGAAGCCCGAGGACUGGGAUGAGGAGGAGGAUGGUGACUGGCUCGCCCCCACGGUUCCCAACCCCAAGUGCGCCGAUGUCUCUGGCUGUGGCGAGUGGAUUCGUCCCAUGAUCAAGAACCCCGAGUAUAAGGGCAAGUGGUCCGCUCCUAUGAUUGACAACCCUGCGUACAAGGGUCCUUGGGCCCCGCGCAAGAUUGCCAACCCCAACUACUUCGAGGACAAGACUCCCUCCAACUUGGAGCCCAUGGGCGCUAUUGGUUUCGAGAUCUGGACCAUGCAGAACGACAUCCUGUUUGACAACAUCUAUAUCGGUCACUCCGUCGAGGAGGCUGAGCAGCUCCGCAAGGAGACCUUUGAUGUCAAGUACCCCAUUGAGGAGGCCGAGGAGGAGGCCAGCAAGCCUAAGCCCGUGGCUCCUGUUGGAGGUACCACUGUCGCCUUCAAGGAGGACCCUGUCACGUUCGUCCGCCAGAAGAUUUACUACUUUAACCACCUGGCCAAGCAGGACCCCAUCGACGCCGUCAAGAAAGUCCCCGAGGUGGCUGGUGGACUGGUUGCCCUCCUGUUGACCUCCAUCCUGAUCAUCGUGGGUGCCAUUCGUUCCAGCAGCCCGGCUCCCGCUGCAGAGAAGAAGGGCAAGGCGGCAGCCGGCGGUGCCAAGGAGAAGACUGGCGAGGCCACCAGCUCCUCCGCCGACACUGGCAAGGGCGGAGUCACCAAGCGCGCCACUCGCUCCUCUGCGGAGUAA